UGGACUGUCUUUUGUACAGCCUAUGACUGCCGCUGCUUCUGGGUCAUUAGCUGGACCAUCUGAGUUGGUCUCUAUCUCUGGAGAUGGAUCUUCUGGCCAACCUAAAGCAUCGAGGAUUGGAGGUGCUGAGUCGUUGGGUUUUGAGGAAUUGGGGGAAUCCUUCAUUGCUGAUCCUGUGGGGAAGAGAAAAGGUAUGCGUAAGAAGCAUUUGCGCAAGAGGGAUUUUACCCCGAGUGAGGAGGGCUGUCAUGAGCAUGAGGUUUUCGGUUCAGAUGAUGAAUCAUCAUUGUUUGGUUACUAUAAGCUGCUAUUUGCAGAGGAAGAACACUUGUCAGAAAAGAUGAGCUUGUGAUCUGUUUUUUUUGUCUCUUUUCUUUUCUCCUGCCAAAUCAAUACAAAAAAUAAUGGUAGAUUUGAUUACUUGGAAUCCCAAGAGAGUCAUGAUCUUUGGGAGGAGUUCCACUCUAAUUUUGUUGAUCCAGAUGCAUGAUUUGGUGGAGUUUUAAUCAAGAUGUGUAUGCAAUUACAAUAGGUGAAAUAUUGGUCUAUCUCAAACUCUGUUUGUCAAUAGUGAGUUUCAUGGUAAAUAGAUCCAAGUAGGUCUCUUCCAAUUUUACUCUUGUAAUUGUCGACUGAAAGUCAAUACCUAAGAAUCAAUCUCAAUGGUGAUUUGCGUAGUGGAAGAAAGAGUUCUCUUUGCUCUCUCACAAGAUGUUCUC